AUUGCUUAAAACAAGAUUUGAGGAUAACGCGGCGUCCUCAAGUGAGCUCUAUCAAUACACAGUACUACAAGUCCCGAGAUGCACCGCGGCGGAGAGAGCCGGAAGAGGGCGGAGCCACUAUCGGCUUUCUGACAGACACUUUCAGGAAGUGCUCGAGGAGGAUCCAGCCUCACGUGUGUGUGUUGAGACGCUGAAAUCAGCUUCCGGCAAAGAACACGGAGCACACACACACACACACACCCAGGAAGAGAGAGACAGCAGACGGGAGGAAGUGGCUGCAGAAGAGCAUGACAGAGUUCUGGGUGUGUUUCAGCUGCUGCGUCGCUGAACAGCCGCAACCCAAGCGGAGGCGGAGGAUAGAUCGUUCUAUGAUCGGAGAACCCACAAACUUCGUUCACAUGACACACGUGGGCUCCGGAGACAUGGGCCAGAGCUCGGGAGCUGUGGACUCGGUGCAGACGCAGAUGAAGUCUAAAGGUGGUUACGGGAACGGCACAGCGGAGAGCGUCCAGGGCUGAUCAGCUGCUGGGGGUCCGUCUGAAGCACAGAUCACCCCCCCCGCCGGCCCACGGCUGUACAUACUCCUGUAAUGAAGGCACUGCUGUUCUUUACUGCUUCAUCCAUUGUCCUGUACAAACGUCCUCCAGCGCUAGAGAUUGAUCUGAAUGUCAUGAUUGUUUAUGUUACGGGAUCAAUAUUCUGAUUAGGUUUCUCCCAUGGAUCUGUAUUUAUUUCAUGGUUUAAUGAUGGCUGGGCCACAUGAGAUACACACAUACACAGAUUCAGACGCUUCAGAGCUGUUAUUAGGUCUGUAAAAACUGCUUUGGGUUACAUUUUGUAACUUUCUAAUAUUCCCUGGAAAAUGGAAUAUAUUUUUUAGCUUUUAAAUGUGCUGUGUUUGCGGUAAACUUGAAAUGUGCAUCUUACUGUAAUAUUUGUGCAAUGCUCGUACAGGAUGCAUUGAGAAUAAAGUAUUUUUGUACAAAUCGUGUUCAUUUUCAUGAUGCCUAAAUAAAAAUUUCAACCUUGUAA